UGCAUUGCCAGCAUCAUCAUUGCCAGAUGAAUCUAACAAUUUUGGAGAUGGUGGAAUCAUGGUCGAUAGGAAAACAGCUUCAAGAAAGCCGAUCAAAAGAGAACACUCUAAGAACGAUGCAGUCGUGAUCAAUGACACAAAAGUUUUCAAAACCCAGAGCAAAAAAGUACGCUUUAUUGAUGAUGAAUUCAUUUUCAAUGGAAAAAAAGUUCCAAGAGCAGCAUUGGCAAAUCAGGGAGUUUCCAUAGGAUGUAAAGGUGGCGUGCUCACAAUCAACCGCAAAAAAGUUCCAGGAGUCAAAGCAAACGAUCCUAUGGUAAUCGAAUGGAAUAAAGGUAUACUCAAGGUCAAUGGGAAUAAGAAAGGAUUCUACGGGAUUAAAGGAAAAGGAAGUGUUGUUUUAGAACGUAAUUCAUUCAAGGGUUACAAUGACGACGAAUACGAAGACACUGAUAUGGAUCUAAAUCUUACAAUAGGAAUGUGCAAAGCAAUAAAACGAUUCUAUGUUUUGUUGCUGGAUUGCAUAUUUGCAGGAAAAGAUGAUUCGUCAGACGAGAAUGAACGUACAGAAAACAAUAAUAAUAUAAUCAAAACAAAUGAAGUGCCUGAAGAGGUUGUAGAAAAGCAAUAUAAUCCAAACAGACGUAGAGGGUCAACAGGUGUUUAAAUGUUGGAGCUGUUAAUUCAUAUCAUAACUACACAAAUUCAAAUAAUUGAAAAUGACCCUGUAAAUUUACAACUAG